AUGGAUAAAGGCUUUGAUCCUUCGUCAUUGAAAGUUAAUGAUUUGCGUGAUGAAUUACGUCGUCGUGGCCUCAAUCCGCUAGGAGUUAAGUCAGUGCUUCUAAAGCGUCUUUCUGAAGCACUAACCAAAGAAGACAAAACAUUGGAAGACUUCGCGAAAUCUCUUGCUGAAGUCAAAAGCCCUAAUAAAAAUGUCGCAGCUGCUGAGGCAGAUAGUGUGGUUUCUACUGAAGAAGCAUCAUUGAUUCCUGCUAAUGGUGACUCAGCAGUGGACGAAAAAGAAGGUGGAGAUUCUUCUAAUGAUAUCUCAAAACCUGAAGAGGAGAAAAUUGAGGAUGAUUCCAACUUUGAUACUUCUGCUCAACAACCGGAUUCCUCUGCCGAUAUUGCAGCUGAUGCUAACAAAGAUCCCCAGAACCCCGAUUUUACCAACGAACCUGCGAUCGAAAAGGCUACCGAAGAAAGCAAUGAUGAAUCAAAGGACGAGUCAUCGGAACAAAGACCGAAAUCCGAUAAUGAAUCUUCACAUAAGCAAUAUGCUACUGAAAAAACCACGGAUGAUCAGUCUUCCGAGAGGCAUCGUGGCCACUCUAGAGAAAAGGAUAGAACCUCUCGGGAUCGUUCGAGAGAGAGAAGGCGCCAUUAUUCUAGAGAUAGAUCACCAAGAGGCGGUCGAGACAGGUCAUCGGACCGAGAAAGACGCAGAUCACCUAGAAGGACUCGUGAAAGUAGUCUUACUGUUGAUGAUGAAAUCGAUGGUUGGGAAAACCGAGAGGAUGUUUUUCUUGAUUUUUAUAACUCCGACUUGAGUUUGGUUAUUAACCAGGAUUGCUAUUCUGCAAAACCAAUGACAGAUGAGGGUUUUGCUCUCAUGUGGGCAGGAACCCGUGCAAAUUACGGUGUUAAGAGUGGGAAAACCUUUUUUGAAGUUAAGAUUGUCAAGGAACUUUUCAUUGAUUCUACCGACGAAUCCAUAGACGAUGUAACUCAUGUUCUUCGAGUUGGUUGGUCAAUGGAUAAAUCUGGUUUAACCCUUGGUGAAGAAUUAAAUUCCUUUGGAUACGGAGGUACAGGAAAGAAAUCUACUGAUGGGAAGUUUGAGGAUUAUGGAUCUCCUUUCAAAGAAGGGGAUGUUGUCGGGGCAUUUUUGGAAUUCACAGAUUCAGAAGUUAUAAUGACUUUCUCUGUCAAUGGCACUAACCAAGGAGAAUGUUUCCGAUUUGAGAAGUCAUCAGUGGGUGAAAAUGCCGCCUUUUUCCCACAUGUCUAUGUUAAGAAUGUGGAAUUUUCCGUUAAUUUCGGUCAAAAUGAUCAACCUGCUUGGUUCCCUCCUGAAGACGAUAAUUUUGUGUUGAUUGGAACUGUUCCUGUGGAGGAGAGAGUUCGUGGUUUGCUGCCACCUGCUAAGAAGGAAGAUUGUGAAGUUAUCAUGAUGAUUGGUUUACCUGGCUGUGGGAAAACUUACUAUUCUUUGAAUUUACUGAAAGAUAAUCCAGAAAAAUACUUCAAUGUUCUCGGUACAAAUCUUAUCCUGGACAAGAUGAAAGUGAUGGGUUUGUCGAGGAAGAGAAACUACUCCGGACGCUGGGAUGUGCUAAUCAAUAAAGCUACCCAGUGUCUUAAUAAGAUCAUAUCGAUUGCGUGCAAACGCAAGCGCAAUUACAUUCUCGAUCAGUUAUCAGCUUUGGGAUUUCUCUCAACUGGACUAAUUUUCCCCCUAUUUCCGCUCAUUGGUCGGGUCGGGAUCGAACAGACAAAUGUCUUUCCAUCAGCACAACGUCGGAAAAUGCGCCCUUUUGAUGGAUUUCAACGCAAGGCAAUUGUAAUCGUACCGACGGAUGAUGAAUUCAAAAGGCGCAUUGAACAGCGUACCAAAGAAGAGGGAAAAGAAGUUCCCGAAAAGGCUGUACUCGAAAUGAAAGCUAAUUUUGAGAUCCCAAAACCUGUUUCCGAUGAUCCUGCAAGCAUGUUUGACGAAGUAAUUUUCACUGAAUUACAACGUGAGGAAGCAGAGAAGCUGGUAAAGGAGUACAAUGUGGAGGGUAAAGCUAGUCGAAGUCAAGAUAGACGUUCAAGGGCUGACUCGCCUGAGCAUUCAAGUUACCAUUCAAGAAGUCAUCGUGAUGAUAGACAUCGCGAUAGCCGAUCACGUUAUGACAGCUAUAGUCGAUCAUCAGGUCGUGGGGAUUAUGACCGUAGAGAAUCUCGUGGCAUGCGAUUCGACUAUCGAGGUGAUCGGGGAGAUGAUAGGGGUCGUUUCGGUUCACGAUAUCGUGAUGAUUUUGGCCGUGGUGGUCGUGAUAGUGGUCGUUUUGGCGGCGUUCGCUACGACAAUGAGUUAGAUUACCGUAGGGGCCCUCCUGGUGGUGGUUUUCAGCGUAAUCCUCGUGGGGGUGGCCCUUAUAGUGGUUCUGCAUUUUCUCGUCCACCAUUUCCCCCUGGUGGACUCCAGUACGGUGGCCCACCAUCCUACGGUCCUCCAAGUGAUUCUUACAAUCGGGGUGGAUACAGUCGUGGAGGUCCUGAUUCCUAUCCGAGAGGUGGACGUGGUGGCUAUGGCGGAAAUUAUGGUCCUGGUAGUGGCUAUGGUUACUAUCAACCCGGCGAAAGACGACGAUUUGAUGAUUCGGACAGUGCCGACCCUUCUACUGGACCUCCGCCUUCAAAACAACCUGCUUUUAGCUCUGAUUUCCGCAGUGGUGGUGGUUACCAAGGCGAUAGUUAUCGUGGAGGUUUUCGUGGAGGUCGAGGAAGUAGUGAUAAGGGUUCCUUCUCUCAACCUGCUAUUGGUGGCGGUUAUGGCUACACUUAUGGGUCAUCUUAUCCACCAUCAGCCCCCCAAUCGAAAGGUGGAGAUAGUUCGACCCCUGGUAGAUAUCCUCCAGGAGGUCGUGCUGAUGAAUUUCAAUCGAAGUCAUUAGGACCCUAUGCUGGCAGUGGAUCGAAGCCAUCUAGGUUUAGCUCAGCUACGGGAGAAGCAGAUAAAUCUAUCCCCAAGCCCCAAGAUUCACCUGGUUCGCGAUUCAGGUCUUCAGCUUAUCAAGGAUUUGAUGGUGGAAAAGAGAGUGGCCAACCAUCUCGUUCACGUUUUGAUCAGCCUAGUCAACAAAGUCAGGGUCCCUAUGGUUUAGGAGGAACUUUUGGUCAGCCUGGUGUUGGUAGGCGGUCAGGAUCUACUGGCGCUACAACUCAAGGUUAUGCUUAUGGGCAGGGUUAUGGUGGCGAAUUUGGCAAUCGUGGUUCAGCACCAUCUCAACAACAAUCGCAAAAGGCCCCACAAACAGGCUACGGCAGUGAAUUCGUUGCUCGUGGUUCCAAUCCUCCACCAUCUCAAUCUCUAAAACCGCAACAAGGAGGCUAUGGUGGUGGUUUUGGUAAUACCCUUUAUGGUCGUCAGCAGCAACAAUCUGGUGAAUCUUCGCAGAGAUUUUCCAAGGGUUUCGGUAGUGGUGAUCAAUCUGGCGGUGCUGGUAGUUACAAUAAGCCUGGUCAGCAACAGAGCUACGGUACUGAUGUUUAUGGCCAACGUAGUGCUACCGGCCCUGGAACAAAUCCUAGCGCUCCUAAAUUCCAACAGGGCUAUUAUCAAGGAUAUGGAAGCGCUGCUGCUCAGUCUACAGGCGGUACUUCUGGUAAACCAGGUCAACAGCAGAUAACCUAUAUCGCUUGUUAUUGUUUCAGCAAAGUUACGCAGGCAGCAGUAUUUACGGGCAACAAAGCGGAGCGCAGUCUACUCAAGGCCAAUCAUUUACUCAAUUUGGUAUUAGCAAAUACUGAACUGGUUCAACUUCCGAUUGUGUUGCUAUCUGAUGUCCUGCCUAUUGAGGGCUAUUCAGUGUACGGACAACAAGGGGGUGCUGCCCUUGGAGCACCUCAACAAUACCAACAGCAGAGGUAUGGUGGUGAUAGCAGCAGUGCAAAUGCUUCAGCAAGCUCCAGAGGUAGUGCUUAUGGCCAGCAGUCUACAUCUCAAUCAAAACUUGAUCCAAGGAGCUACGAUUAUUCCCCUCUCUUCGGAUCUGUAAACUACAUCUAUGGGGAAAAUUUGGAUAGUCAAUUAAACACAAUCCCGAAACCUCUGGCGCCCGCUACUAUUCCAGGGGCAGGUGCAGGGGGCAAUUCCUUUUAUGCUGCUGCUCUGAGUGCUACCGCAAAAGGCACUCCAGCCGCUACUGGAUCCAGUGCUUACGGUUCUGCUGCCGGACAACCAGCUCAGCAACAGCAGAUGCCGACGUCUGCUUAUGGAUUUGGAGGAGCCGCUGGUUUCUAUGGUGGUGCUGCGGGAGCUGGCGCCCAAGCUUCCUGGCAUUCUUAUGAAGGAGUUGCUCCUGGUGGACAAACGGGUGGCACUGGGUCCUCUAGUGGUACCUCCCAGACUCAACAAGGUUAUGGCUAUGGACAGCGCUAA